UCGGUUUCUUGUCUGGUUCUUGAUCUCACCAAGAUGAAUGAGAACAUGAGAUCCAAAGCCCAAAGUCUUGUGAGAGCUUCAUCAACCAUACGACCAACACCCCUUCAGUGUGUUCUUUUUCUGUUUAUUACAGUUUCAGAGGCUGUCUGCAACCCGCAAGAUCGAGAAUCUUUACUCUGGUUCUCUGGAAACGUUUCUUCUUCUUCUUCUGUUUCUCCUCUGAAUUGGAAUCCUUCCAUUGAUUGUUGCUCAUGGGAAGGAAUAACCUGCAGCAAUUACUCCCUGAGUAGCCGGAUCACUGCAAUCUCCUUGCCUUUUAGAGGACUAUACGGCAAAUUCCCUUUGUCUCUUCUCCAUCUCCACCAUCUCUCUCAACUCAAUCUUUCCCAUAACCGUCUCUUAGGUCCUCUCCCGCCGGAUUUUCUCUCAUCCCUUGAUCUUCUCGUAGUACUUGAUCUUAGUUACAACAGCUUCACUGGUGAGUUGCCACUUGAACAAGCAUUUGUAAAUGGAAGCAACAGAAUCUUCCCGAUUCAGACUGUUGAUCUGUCAAGCAAUUUUCUCCGAGGCAAAAUCAUCGCUACUUCUGUUUUUCUCCAGGGUGCUUUCAACUUGACCAGUUUCAAUGUCAGCAACAACAGCUUCACAGGUCCAAUCCCUUCGUUCAUGUGCAAGAGUUUACCGCAGCUCAGCAAACUGGAUUUCUCCUAUAACGAUUUUACAGGCAACAUCUCCCAAGGAUUAGGCAGAUGUUUGAGGCUAAGUGUUCUACGAGCAGGCUUCAACAAUCUCUCUGGCGAAAUCCCAAAUGAAAUCUAUAAUCUUUCCGAGCUCGAGGAACUCUCUCUGCCAGUCAAUCAUCUUUCUGGAAAGAUCGAUGACGAUAUCUCCCGGCUCAAGAAACUUACCAUGCUUGACCUUUACUUCAAUCACCUUGAAGGAGAAAUACCAGUCGGCAUAGGCAACCUCUCGAGCCUGCGCAGCCUCCAGCUCCAUAUAAAUAACCUCAUUGGCUUGGUCCCGCUUUCUCUCGCAAACUGCACCAAUCUUGUCAGUUUAAAUUUGAGGGUCAAUCGGCUGAGAGGAAGCUUAACAGAGCUCGAUUUUUCUCAGUUUCAGAGUCUUAGCAUUCUAGAUCUCGGAAAUAAUAGCUUCACUGGUGAUUUUCCGGAAAAGGUUUUCUCCUGCAAAUCGCUCACGGCGAUCAGAUUUGCAGGCAACAAGUUCACGGGACAGAUUCCGUCUCAAGUGCUGGAACUUGAGUCCUUGUCAUUCCUGUCUUUUUCAGACAAUAAAUUAACAAACAUUACAGGCGCUCUAAGCAUCCUGCAGGGCUGCAGGAAACUGUCCACUCUCGUCAUGGCAAAGAACUUCUACGACGAAACAGUUCCAAGCAACGCAGACUUUCUUGCACCAGAUGGAUUCCCUAAACUCCAAAUAUUUGGCAUCGGUGGAUGUAGAUUGAAAGGUGAAAUACCAGCUUGGCUGAUCAAAUGUAACAACUUAGCAGCCAUGGAUUUGUCACACAACCAGCUUCUAGGGUCAAUUCCUGGUUGGUUGGGAACUCUCCCCAACCUUUUCUACAUCGAUCUCUCAGAUAACCAACUUUCAGGAGAGCUUCCAAAGGAAAUAUUUCAACUAAAGGCUCUAAUAUCCCAAAAUGCCUAUCACGCAAUAGAGAAGAACUAUCUACAGCUGCCAGUUUUUGUCAAUCCCGCUAAUGUUACCACCAAUCAGCAAUACAAUCAGCUGUCUAGCCUCCCACCUGGGAUCUACAUCAGACGGAAUAAACUUACCGGAAGUAUACCAGUCGAGGUUGGCCAGUUAAACCUUCAUGACCUAAAGCUUCAUCACAACAAUUUGUCUGGCAGCAUCCCUGAUGAAUUGUCAAAGCUCACCAACUUGGAGGCACUAGACCUGUCCAACAAUAAUCUAUCUGGUGGAAUCCCUUGGUCGCUAAAAGGUCUCCACUUCAUGUCCUAUUUCAAUGUGGCCAACAAUAGCCUGGAAGGGCCAAUACCCACAGGAAGUCAGUUUGAUACUUUUCCAAAAGCACAUUUUGAAGGAAACCCUUUGUUGUGCGGUGGUGUACUGCUUUCUUCCUGCAAGGCUCCACCUCAGCCGCCUGCUACAACCACGGAUGAAGAGGAUACAGAGGAGUUAAAAAGAACGUUUUUCGUAGGGGUUGUCAUUGGGUUUUUUGUUUCCUACUGUUUUUACUGGUGCUUGUUUGCUAUGCGAUGGGCAUAAUAAUAAAGAUCCAUUGCUUAAUUUGACUAAGUAUCUAUUUCCACAGGUAAAAUAAACUGAAAGUGUAUUCAUUUUAAUCUCUUUGAUCUGUA